ACUGAUUCUUCCAAGUGAAAUUCGAAAAUCAAAAAUCAAAAUUUCAGAUCUUUCCUCUCAUCUUCUCCCUCCUCUCCUCUUCUCUUCUAGAGACAACAGGCGAAAGUCACUCACUUGCAACUUCGAUUUCAGCAAUCUCCAAUUCCUCCUGGUGAGGGUUUAGAGAAGCUCUGAGAAUCUAAAAGCUUAGGGCUUUACUUUACCGCCCGUUUCAAAAAAAAUGGGGAACCUUUCGGAGAGCUUCGACAUCGAAGAUCUGAUGUCAUACGGCGACGACUUGAUCAGCUUACUGAACGCCAAGAACGGGUUCGACGUAGUAUCGCAAAGCUUCGAGGACUUGAAAGCUCUCCGCUUUGUUUGCGACGAGGAUUUGAAUCAGACGCAGAGAUCUAUCCAAGAUUGUAAGAAGAAGCUCGUUGCUUGCAAGAAGAAAACAGAGGAAGCUUCGUGUGGAGAUGACGACGUUGAGCGUCUUCAGAAGGAGCUUGACGAAGAGAUGGAGAUAGAGUGCAAGCUCAAAGACGAGCUUAGAGUAGUUGCUGAGGAACUCAAAGACUUGAAUGCACAGUGGACGUCUGUUGAUGAGCAAAGACAAUCUGUUAAGAGAAAAGAGCGGGACGACUUGAGAGCUGAGAAAAUGCUCUCUAUGUAUGCUUCUGUUACAAAAGUUAUACCAGAGGUUGAGGAUCCAUCGAAGAUCUCAGGAUAUAUGGUUGAUCGCGAGAAGAAGGUUAUUGAGAAGUUCCAGUUUGAGACAAAUAAAAUGACGGCUUAUGAGACAUGCAACAGUAUCUGGAGCAUCAUUAACAAGCAAUAAGACAAGACGUGGUGGCACGCACGAGUUUAGUUGUUUGAUGUGUCUGAAUAGAUUUGGUUUUAGCUUAGCAACCAAAAACAUUCGUACCACCCAUCUACGGUUCCUUGGAUGUAAACCCAUCCUGCUUAGUUUUUCAUUGCCCUUUUGUAAUUUGAUUAUGAAUCUUAUUCUCCUGUAACAUCAUCAUCAAUCAUCAUUUAUGAAAAUUUCCCUUGCAAGUAUCAGUGUACCUGUAAAAUCAUCUUCUCUUGUUGUGCCA